GUCACAGGUGGCGAGCUCUUCGAUCGGAUCAUUGAGCGAGGAUAUUACACAGAGAAGGAUGCCAGUCAGCUCAUCGGACAGGUCCUGGACGCUGUGCAAUAUUUGCACAAUAUGGGAAUUGUACACCGUGAUCUCAAGCCAGAGAACCUCCUCUAUGCAACUCCUUUUGAAGACUCCAAAAUCAUGAUCAGUGACUUUGGCCUCUCCAAGAUUGAAGAUGGUGGAAUGAUGGCCACAGCUUGUGGGACUCCAGGCUAUGUGGCCCCUGAACUCCUGGAGCAGAAGCCAUAUGGGAAAGCUGUCGAUGUAUGGGCCUUAGGCGUCAUCUCAUACAUUCUACUCUGUGGAUAUCCGCCUUUCUAUGAUGAAAACGACUCGGAGCUUUUCAAUCAAAUCAUAAAAGCAGAGUAUGAAUUUGAUUCACCAUACUGGGACGACAUAUCUGAAUCAGCUAAAGACUUUAUCCGACACCUGCUGGAGAGGGAGCCGGAGAAGAGGCUGACCUGUGAGCAAGCCCUGCAGCAUCCAUGGAUCUCCGGAGAUACGGCUCUAGAACGAGACAUCCACGGUUCUGUGAGUGAGCAAAUCCAGAAGAAUUUUGCCCGGACUCAGUGGAAGAGGGCAUUUAAUGCAACGUCCUUCCUGCGCCAUAUUACUAAAAUGGGUCAAAGUGCUGAAGUAGAUACUGAUGAAAACGCAGGGGAGACGGUCCAGGAGGAGAAAGAUAAGUGGUGA